UCCCUUUUCUCACCCCCCUCUCCCCUCUUUCUACCUACACAUCUCCACCAUGGCCUCCCGUGGACUCCCCCGUGCCCUCCGCCUGGCCCGCGCCUCGGCCCCCCGGUCCGUCGUGACUGCGGCCCUCCCCCGUCCCUCCCUGGCCAAGGUCGCCUCCGCGGCUCUCCCCCGUGUCACCGCCGCCCCCGUCAUCCCCGCCCGUGGCGUCAAGACCAUCACCUUCGCCGACGACAAGGAGACCGUCUACGAGCGUGAGGACUGGCCCCGCGAGAAGCUCCAGGAAUACUUCAAGAACGACACCCUCGCCCUGAUCGGCUACGGCUCCCAGGGUCACGGUCAGGGUCUCAACCUCCGUGACCAGGGCCUGAACGUCAUCGUCGGUGUCCGCAAGGACGGUGCCUCCUGGAAGGAGGCCAUCCAGGACGGCUGGGUCCCCGGCAAGAACCUGUUCGACGUCACCGAGGCCGUCCAGAAGGGUACCAUCGUCAUGAACCUCCUCUCCGACGCCGCCCAGUCCGAGACCUGGCCCACCCUGAAGCCCCUCAUCACCAAGGGCAAGACCCUCUACUUCUCCCACGGCUUCUCCCCCGUCUUCAAGGACCUCACCAAGGUCGACGUCCCCACCGACGUCGAUGUCAUCCUCGUCGCCCCCAAGGGUUCCGGCCGUACCGUCCGUACCCUCUUCCGCGAGGGCCGCGGAAUUAACUCCUCCGUCGCCGUCUUCCAGGACGUCACCGGUUCCGCCAAGGAGAAGGCCAUCGCCAUGGGUGUCGCCGUCGGUUCCGGCUACCUCUACGAGACCACCUUCGAGAAGGAGGUCUACUCCGACCUCUACGGUGAGCGUGGUUGCCUGAUGGGUGGUAUCCACGGUAUGUUCCUCGCUCAGUACGAGGUCCUCCGGGAGCGCGGCCACUCCCCCUCCGAGGCCUUCAACGAGACCGUCGAGGAGGCCACCCAGUCCCUCUACCCCCUCAUCGGCUCCAACGGUAUGGACUGGAUGUACGCCGCCUGCUCCACCACCGCCCGUCGUGGUGCCCUCGACUGGUCCCCCCGCUUCAAGGAGACCCUGAAGCCCCUCUUCAACGAGCUCUACGACUCCGUCCGUGAUGGCUCCGAGACUAAGCGUUCUCUCGAGUACAACUCCCAGAAGGAUUACCGUGAGAAGUACGAGAAGGAGAUGCAGGACAUCCGUGAUCUCGAAAUCUGGCGUGCCGGAAAGGCUGUUCGCUCCCUCCGCCCCGAGAACCAGAAAUAAACGCCAUCAUAAUAAUGUUACUUUAGAAACCCCGGUGGGAAAAGUUACGAUGUACCAUGAUCUAGGGAUUUGUUUUUAAUCUUCGCGCUUUCAUCUGCGAUGUAUAUCGGGUCGGAAUAAAUUUUCUUAAUUUUUUCAUCGUUCUUCCUUUUUGCUCCUGAUGGUUGUAGUGGUUGGGUGUAGUAACUAACUGGUGGGAGGUCAUGAGUCAUCGAUUACUUAACUAGUUAGGUAACUAAGGUACACCGGCGGGCGAUCAUCCGGGGAUCGUGUCUUCCCCGCGGUCUAUUACUUUGUACUAUGUAGAUGGACGGUCGAUCUUUCUUUUCAUUGUAAGACUACGAAAUGGAAAAAAUCAAAUAUGU